CUGGGUAACCGCGUCAGGGAGGAGCCGACGCUGUUCUACAAGGGCGCGGGGACCCACAACGACAGCUGUCCCUGAAGCACCCUGGUAACCGGGAAUUGAAGUGGAAGGCAGUCUGCAUUCCUCGUGUGUGGUCAAGAAGGAGAAAAUUCUCCCCAGGAGAGGGAGCGUUUUGCAGGUUUUUUUUUUUCAGGGUUUGAGGUGUUUUCUAUUUUUUUGCAACAAUGCCCCAGAAACAGACUCGUAAGCAGAGUAUCAGUGCGACCAGAGGAGCCAGGAAAAGAGAUGAAGAUUCAGGGACUGACGUGGGAGACGGAACUGAUGAAUGGUCCCAAUCCAGAGCCACAGUUCGACCCCCUGACCAGCUGGAGUUGACUGAUGCUGAGUUAAAGGAGGAGUUCACUCGCAUCCUGACAGCCAACAACCCACAUGCACCCCAGAAUAUUGUCAGGUACAGCUUCAAAGAAGGCACAUAUAAAGCCAUUGGUUUUGUGAACCAAAUGGCCGUUCACUUCAGCCAGGUGGGGAACCUGAUUCCCAAGGACUCAGAUGAAGGACGGCGCCAGCAUUACCGUGCCGAGCUGGCGGCAGGGUCACAGGAGUCUGCUAAGGUGGUGACUUCAGAAACAGAAGUCCUUGAAGAGGAUGAAGAACCCAAAGAGGCAGAGACUGAAGCUGGCAGUCAAACAGAUGUACCUGCCGCAGCUGAGACCACUGAAAAGGUGGUGGAAGAGGAACUUAUGGCACCUGUGCAGCCCAAGGAGCGGAAACUCACCAACCAGUUCAACUUCAGCGAGAGAGCAUCACAGACCUUCAACAACCCCCUCCGGGAUCGGGAAUGUCAGAUGGAGCCUCCACCGAGAACAAACUUUUCAGCCACAGCCAAUCAGUGGGAAAUCUAUGAUGCCUAUGUAGAUGAGCUUGAGAAACUGGAAAAGACCAAAGAGAAGGAGAAGACCAAGACUCCAGUGGCUAAGAAAACAGAGAAGAUGGCCAUGAGAAAACUGACAUCUAUGGAGUCCCAGAGUGAUGAUAUCACCAAAGUGACCCAAGCUGCUAAAAUUGUGGAGCGAAUGGUCAACCAAAAUACAUAUGAUGAUGUUGCUCAAGAUUUUAAGUACUAUGAGGAUGCUGCUGAUGAAUACAGGGACCAGGAGGGUACGCUGCUGCCUCUCUGGAAGUUUCAAAAUGACAAAGCCAAGCGCCUGGCCGUCACCGCCCUCUGCUGGAAUCCAAAGUACAAGGAUCUCUUUGCAGUGGGACACGGCUCCUAUGACUUCAUGAAGCAGAGCCGGGGCAUGCUGCUGCUCUACAGCAUGAAGAACCCCAGCUUCCCCGAGUACAUCUUCAGCAGUGAGAGCGGCAUCAUGUGUCUGGACAUGCACGGAGACCACCCCUACCUGGUGGUUGCGGGCUACUACGACGGCAACGUGGCCAUUUACAACCUCAAGAAACCUCAUUCGCAGCCCUGCUUCCGUAGCACCUCCAAGUCUGGCAAGCACACGGACCCUGUGUGGCAGGUCAAAUGGCAGAAGGACGACAUGGACAACAACCUUAACUUCUUCUCUGUGUCCUCUGACGGCAGGAUUGUGUCAUGGACCCUCGUAAAGAGUGAGCUGGUUCACACGGACGUCAUCAAGCUGAAGGCAGAGGGGAGCAGCGCCACAGAUAUCCCUGAGGGGUUGCAGCUGCACACUGUAGGCUGUGGCACUGCCUUUGACUUCCACAGGGAGAUCGACUACAUGUUCCUGGUGGGCACAGAGGAGGGGAAAAUCUACAAGUGCUCUAAAUCCUACUCCAGCCAAUUCUUGGACACCUAUGAUGCUCACAACAUGGCCGUGGAUGCUGUGAUAUGGAACCCAUUCCACACCAAGGUCUUCAUGUCCUGCAGCUCUGACUGGACCGUGAAGAUCUGGGACCACACCAUCAAGACCCCCAUGUUCAUUUAUGACCUGAACUCAGCCGUGGGUGACGUGGCCUGGGCACCAUACUCUUCCACGGUGUUUGCAGCGGUCACCACAGAUGGGAAGGCCCAUGUGUUUGACUUAGCUGUCAACAAGUAUGAAGCUAUCUGCAACCAGCCUGUGGUGGCCAAGAAGAAGAACAAGAUCACCCAUGUGCAGUUCAACCCCAUCCACCCCAUCAUAAUUGUGGGCGAUGACCGUGGGCACAUCACCUGUCUCAAGCUCUCUCCCAACCUGCGAAAGAUGCCAAAGGAAAAGAAGGGGCAGGAAGUGCAGAAGGGGCCAGCUGUGGAGAUUGCAAAGCUGGACAAACUGCUAAACGUCGUGAGGGAAGUCAAAACCAAAACCUGAGCGCCUGGCCCGGCCCGCCGCAACCCAAGGAGCACAGCGAGCGCUCUGCCUGGGCACCAGGGUGCCUAGGCACCAAGGACGUACCCACCCUGACCAAGUCCUGGUGUUGGCUUUCCACAUUCUAGUUCUUGUGGUCGCAGCACCCUUCUCCAUGGCCUGACUCUCCACCUCCAUCACACUCCCUUUACACAAAUAAACCUGUUUGAAAACUCA